CACACUUUCCUCAAACGGCUUUCUCUACAACUAUAUAUCCAACAAACUUCAUUUAUAUCUCUAGCUAUCUCCUUCUUCUUCUCAAUUUUCUAUCACAUAUAUGGAGGAUUCAGUGAAUUCUAUGAGAGAACUUGUCUCUUCCUCUUCUAAUGAGAGGAGUUGCUUUGUUGGUGAUGAUUAUGAUGAUGACGAAGGUGGUGGUGGUGGUGGUGGUCAUAGUUUUCAUGAAGACAGUGGUUGGACUACGUACCUUGAAGAUUUCUUUGCCAAAAACAACAACAACAAGCAGAGCAACGACAUUAAUGGUGAAAAUAAUUGUUGUCUCUCUUAUGAUAAUGAAGCUACUGCUUCUCUAGUCUCUGAUGCUGCUUCUUUGGUGAUGAAGAAGAACGAUUCUGUUGAUUAUAAUGAUAAUAACAGCGAACAAGAAGCAGCUGCAGCUGUUGGCAGCAGAUUUAGUUACAGCAGGUUGAGUUUCAAGAAGAGAAAAACAAAAGGAGCUUUGGUCGGUGAUGAUGCUUUGGAGGAUACUGCUAGUUCUCCUGUCAAUAGUCCCAAGUUAAACAAGAACACAACACAGAGAGAAAACCUGGGAAUUUCCUCACCAUCGCUGCAGGAUAAAGGAAGAGGCUCCACAAGGCAGAUGGAAGAUAAAAGUGAGGAUUUGGGUUUUAUUGGGAGAGAAAGUGACAGCACAGAACUGAAGAAAAGGGGUCUUUGUUUAGUUCCUUUGUCUAUGGUUGUGAAUUAUUUUGGUUGAUUUUACCUUCUUCUCUGUCUGUGUCUCUUCAUCGAUCUAUUACCCAUGUAAGAUAUGGACCACAACAUGUGGCGUUGCAAUCUAAAAUUUGUAUAUGUUGGGACUA